AUGAGUCGCGAGCGGAAACGACGUAGUUCAUUCAUAGUCGAGAUGGCGUUGGUCAAUGCCGGCAUAACAAGGAAUGUUCCGCAGUGUCGAAGACGAUUGAGUUAUAAUCUAAACACAACUGCGGCUUGGUCAACUAAUAGCAGUACAAAGCAGUUUAAUAAAACGUUAGAGCCAGCUUCUAUCAGCAUUGACACUUCGAAAGAUUUAGCUUUUCCGGUUCUUGCCGAUAGUUUAAUAUGCACCGCAACAGAUCACACUGAAAUAACUGCAUCGAUUAAUGCUACAAGCAUAUCGGUUGAUCACGAAUUUAAUAUCACUUCAACUGCUGAACGAGAUAUUGAAGAACCGACUUUGAAUCAUCACCAAGUUGAGAAAAACACACAAUAUACAUCACUUACGUCAGAUCAUGAUGUACCGUCUACAUCGGCAGGACCAAGUAAAGAAUCUAUCGUAUCAAAUCCAAUUAAAAGUAAAGUUGGUAAAAGAAAAUCCAAGAAAGAUAUUAAAUAUAUUGACCUCUUAUUUUAG